UUGUGUGUACUUCAUUGUGGCCGCCUCGGUGUCUCGCACAUUUCACCUCCUCGUUGCUGCGCUCAGCCCCAUUGGCAGUCCCCGGCUGGCCGUGCCCACCACCGAGUCCCCGCUAUAGUCUCAUCAACUCCGCGCGUCUCUGAUGUCGCGACAUCCGCGCUGCCACAUGGCGAGUUUUGCUCCCGUUCCCUCCGCAACUUUCUCCGGACACUGAGAGGAACAGGUGGGGUCGCUUGGUGUAGUACCAGAGGAGGGACGCUCCGCAUUCUCACAUCAGCUAAAAGCCGGAGCAUGCACAAGGGAGAGCGGGCGCGGCGUCGUCCCCUCUGCAGGAGCAACAGCUGAUUCGGUGAGCGCGUAAGCAGAGAGUGCAAGCUACUUACAGUCGGUGCACAGCCAGACUCCUGCUCUGUCACUCGGGGCUGCAGACGGUGACUGUGUCGGAGCCAGCAGAGCGCGGAGAGUCGGUGGACGUUACGGUACCGGGACAGACUGGAGAGCAGCGCGCGCUGAUACGGACGGUUUUCAUGGAAAUACCACGAGCUGAAAGCGAAAAUAAACACCUUGCGUGAAGAAGUCGGGAAGCAGACGAUUUGGAUUCUACGGCUCUGUCUUCCUGUGCCCCCUGACUGAGAAGAGUUGACUGCAGUUUACAAAAAAAGAAAAAAAUGUUUACCGGGCAACAGGCCGUGUAUUAGGGCUCUUUUGCUUCCGGUAUAGGGCCCAGCUGAACAAGAAACCGAGCAGUGUUCUCUCUCCCACACACUUUCUUUCUUUCUUUUUUUUUUUUUUUUUUUGGAAGCCGAACUUUUGAGAGUGGAAAAUGGGUCUUUGAGAGUGUUGGCACAUUUCCCUACACCACAAUGGCAACCGAAACCUUUCUGUUGAACGAAGAACCCUCCAGAGGUCCUGGGAUGCCUGAAUGCUUUGUAGUAUCAGAUUCAUACAGGUAUUACCCUACUCACCUUCUAAACAAUGCCUUAGUGGAUGAAUUUCAUCCCUUCAUUGAGGCCCUCCUCCCCCAUGUCCGUGCCUUCUCCUACACCUGGUUCAACCUGCAGGCCCGUAAGCGCAAGUACUUCAAGAAGCACGAAAAGAGGAUGACCAAGGACGAGGAGCGUGCGGUGAAGGACGAGCUGCUGGGGGAGAAGCCAGAGAUCAAGCAGAAGUGGGCCUCGCGCCUGCUGGCCAAGCUCCGCAAGGACAUCCGGCCAGAGUUCCGCGAGGACUUUGUGCUCACCAUCACGGGGAAGAAGGCCCCCUGCUGCGUGCUGUCCAACCCUGACCAGAAGGGCAAGAUCCGCCGCAUCGACUGCCUCCGCCAGGCCGACAAGGUGUGGCGGCUGGACCUGGUGAUGGUCAUCCUGUUCAAGGGCAGCCCCCUGGAGAGCACGGACGGCGAGCGGCUGGUCAAGUCGCCCCAGUGCUCCAACCAUGGCCUCUGCGUCCAGCCGCACCACAUCGGAGUGACGGUCAAGGAGCUGGACCUCUACCUGGCCUACUUCGUCCACACACCAGAACAAUCAGGACAAUCAGACAACUCAAACCAGCAAGGAGACACAGACGUCAAGCCCCCACCAAAUGGCCACUUGAGUUUCCAGGACUGCUUUGUGACUUCAGGGGUGUGGAACGUAGCCGAGUUGGUCCGCGUGUCACAGACCCCAGUGGCUACAGCGACCGGCCCCAACUUCUCCCUGGCUGACCUGGACAGCCCCGGUUACUACAACAUCAACCAGGUGACCCUGGGACGGCGUUCCAUCACCUCCACCCCAUCCACCAGGACUGAAAUGGAGCUUUAUGCAAGUCUCCCACGGAGCUCCAACAAGCGCAAGUCCAUUGACGACAGUGAGAUGGAGAGCCCGGUGGAUGAUGUCUUCUACUCAGGCCGUUCCCCGGCGGCUGGCAGCAGCUCUCAGUCCAGCGGUUGGCCUAAUGAUGUGGAUGCAGUGCAGCACCAUUUGGCCAGUGUGCAGGAGAGGAAGAUUAAGCAUGAGAGCGAUGGAGUGCAGUUUCCUUACCAUGGACUCUCAUCGCCUAGUUCUCUUAAGAAGCCGGGGAAAUUCGAUUUCAGCGCCCUGUCCUCCCAGACGAGGUCCCCCCGCAUGGCGUUCACCCACCACCCACUGCCAAUGCUGGCGGGAGUGAGACCAGGGAGUCCCCGUGCUUCAGCCUCAGCCCUGCACUUCCCGUCUCCCUCCAUCAUCCAGCAGUCUAGCCCCUACUUCACCCACCCAACCAUCCGCUACCACCACCACCCUGGACAGGACCCCCUGAAGGAAUUUGUGCAGUUUGUCUGUGCUGAUGGCUCGGGGCAGGCCGCCGGACAGCCAAACGGGAGCGGCCAGAGCAAAAUGCCGGGCUCCUUCUUGCUGCCUCCACCUCCCCCAGUGGCCCGCCCAGUGCCCCUCCCUAUGCCCGACUCUAAACCCAACAGCACGCCCCCUGACGGCGGACUCUCCUCGCCCGCAUCUCCGUCAUACUCCACGCCAGGCGCCACAGCUCCCAACAGGUUUGUCGGCAUCGGAUCACGGGACAACAACUUUCUGAACAUCCCGCAGCAGACACAGUCUUGGUUCCUCUGACAAGAUCUGUGCACAAACCAGCAACUAGAAUUCUUUCUUUACAAUCGGAAAUAAAAAUAAUGGAGAAACAACCCGCAGGAUAAUAACUGUCCUCCAACCAACCCACCGACCGUACGUCUCACCUGAUACAAAAUAUAAACAAGCAACGGAGGAAAUUACAGCAGCAUUAUGCUUUUCGAGGAACUCUGGACUCAUUUACCCAGUCAGAGGAAGGACCCGUUUCAAGCAAAGAUGGAUAGAUGGAAAGAUGAAAGGAUGGACAAGAGGAUGCCAGGAUAAAGAAAGGGGGUGAGGGGACAAACGGCAGCGAGCAGGCGUCUCUCCUGAAACCACCAAACCAGCAAAACGCAGCAGCAACGCAAGAGGAACCUGAGGAUGAAAAAGCAGUCAACUUCUCCUACUUUGUGAGGAUGCAUUGUGUAAAGAAUGGCUAAGAAAAUCAACUGUCCAACAAAAAAAAAUCAGGUUUCCACAACAUAGAUUAUUACAUAGAACAUUUAAGCUACAAAGCUUCACCCACAAUGAAUCCACGGCCUGAUCAAAGCAAAGACAGUAUUUGAUUUCCAAUGAAAGCUGCAGUCCAUGCUCCUGUGAUGUCUGUCAUCACUCAAAACAUAAUCAAAUUGACCAAUGUUUCUCUCCCGCUGAAUGACCAUUGACUUUAUGAAGUCCCUUUUUACCCUACUACUAACUAGAGAGAGACCAUGCCAAAACAUAUCUUGAUUAAGGGUUGCACUAGAAGCUGAAUCAAUUAACACUAAUCUUAACGAUGUGCACUAUUUACCUACAAGGCAUGGGAGGUAAACCAGACAUGCCUAUAAAGAGUUUUAAAGAGGAAAAACCAAGGUACAAGAAGCCUUCGCGUGUCCUCGACCCCCAUCCUUCAGUUUGACAAAUCAUUGGCCUCCGCUCAUUCUCACAUCUCCCUGCACAACACACACUCAAUCUGUGCCAUGACCACAGCACGUAUGUACAAUUGAAAACACACAGUUGCCCAGUCAGACCUUUUAAGAUUGUAGUAUUCAUAGGUGGUGGUGUUGUGUUAUCAUAUUUUAAUUUUAUAUGCGCACAGUAAGCCCAGUGAACCUAUCUGAUUAGAUGUUCAAACAUCACACACACACACAUUGAAAAUCACAGUGUGAGUACAUCAUUACUGACAGUUUUCACGACUGUAGACAGCAGCUAUUGGAUCCCCCUUUUGCCCUCUUGUAAUGUAGAUGAAUGAUUUUGUUAUCUCUUGUGUGUUCUCUUAUUUGAAUUUAUUCCUUUUGGAUUUGUACUAUUUUAUAAUUGUUUUGUAUUUGAAUGACAGCACCUUAUAGAGAAACACAGUAAGAAGUGGGAUGUCGAAGCAGCGUAGACAGGGUGGUUAGCUGACCUUGAUCAAAUAGUACAUGCCAAGAACAUAAAGAAAAGGUUUGACAUUAUGGAAAAUACACUUGGGAAAAUUGGUGCCACUCUUGCAUGUUAAAUAUGGUGCUAAACAAGCAGUCUGUUAGAUUAUUUUAGCAUAAAGGCUGAAACUAGUGAACAGCUAGCCUGGCUCUGUCUAAAGGUAACAGAAUUUGCAAACCAGAAAACCGAAACAUCGUGUAAAAACAACGGCGGUUGGGACCUGGCGACUGGUCACAGCCAAGAAUUAUUCCAACACAUAAACCCGGUAAAACGAGAAAUGCCUUUUUUACACAUAGAUUCUUUUGGCUGCAUUGUUUGUGCUGUGUGGAUUUUGUUACCUUUGGACAUAGGCAGGCUAGUAGUUUCCCCGGUUUUCUGUAUUUGUGCUAAGCUAAGCUAACUGGCAGUUGGCUAUAGCUUUAUAUUUAACGUGGUGGUAUCAAUCUAACUCUCAGCUUGAAAGUGAAUAAGCGAAUUUUCCGAAAUAUCGAACUUUGACAUGGUUUGUUUGCCAUACGCUGUACUUGAAGACCACACAAUGCAGGGUUUUGACAAUCACAGGAAGCUCAUUUUGUGGGAACUUACCUGCUAAACCACACAGGUCAACAAAAAGCUAAAAGACUAGCCGCAUCUACUGCUUGACCCAGGUCCAGCUGGUGACUGGUGGUGAUACAUGAGCGAUAGAAGAACAGAACCAAGGAGGGAAGGUUGCUGGAGAUGGGACCCAGAGUAAAAGAGAGAAUAGCUCUUCUUUCUGUCUCCCUAAAGUUUACCCUGUUGUUUACACUCCCAGACGGGCCGCUGCUCCAAGAGCAGAGGGAGCCACACUGUGGAGCAAAAUGAAUAUGUGACAUAUCUGGCUGGUUUCGGAGAGGGAACGAGGGCCUCUAAGGCUUAGCAGUAGGAGGAUCACCCUUGUGCCCAGUUUUGUUUCGGUGCACGGGAUCAGGUAAUGGAUAUAGGUUGUUAUGGUAAUCUCCCCCAACACACACACACCAGCACUCCCCUCUAGCUAUUGUGAAUCGAUGAGCCCUUAAUGAUCAAAACUGCACUAAAACAAUCAUGCCAGCCAACCUUGUAAGUUUCUUUUUUGGUAAGAACUACAGCAGAUCGACCACCACUUAAUGUUUCGAGUCAGUGGAUGUAUCACUGGGAUGGAAACACACUUGUAGAGCACAGAUCGCCACUUCUUAAACACAACGACUUAUAAAGACCACUCACUAAAAACACAUCCCCUGUGCCCGACCGAAUUCAAAGGGAAGUCUUAAAAAUAGACAAUCUGAGGAGGCCUUUAUGCUUUUAAUCAUUUUCUAUCAUUAGCCCAUACAUUUUCUGACUGAUUCAGUUAUUUCCUGUUCAAAUUCAAACCACCCAUCCAACCUCACAAAAUAACUGGACUGCCUGGCCACGUUCUUCACUGCAGGGAAACACAACAUAGUUGGCCAACCGACUGGCGACCAUCUCAUCAGCUACGUAGAGAGAACUAGCUCUGCCGAGUAAGACGUUAAACGAUGGCUAAGGUGAUUUCUUUUCUAAUCUAUGGAAGUGCCUCUGUAUUCCCAUUAUGCAAUUUGUCAAACAUGAAUUCAGGUUCUUUUUCUCACAUAUAAGCUAUAGUGAAUGGUGAAAAAUUUAUGUCAGGAGAGGAGAAAAAAAACGGUGACAGCUCACUUAGAUAAUCGCAAGCAUCUUUAUAUAUAAUACACAUAUAUAUUUAUAGAUAUAUACAUUUUUUUUAUUUGCAAGAUAAGCUCUGUGGCAGUCUAGUUAUUUUUUGAAGCAUGGCGUACAUCGCACAGUCAUAGGAUGCAUCUCAAAUACCGCUGAUUAGAGCUAAAGUACCAGUCUCUAAACCCACUCUCGUGUUAAAUGACAUAAAAGAAAAUUCAUGGAAAAAACACAACAAUAGAUACAUAGACAGUGAUGAUAAUGUAGUUGAGAAUGGAAAAAAAAAGAACAGAUUAGAUUUUGUUGUUUUCUUUCUUGUUUUGAUGGGAAGUAUUGUUCUUGAAACUAAAUGAUGUAUGUUGAUUGAGCCAUGUGCAAUGCCUUGGUAGAGGAAUUGUGUUUGUUUGUUAGCGAUUGUUUGAGGGUGUCACGAGAAAAGAGGGAAAACCCUCUAAGUUUUUUUUUUGUUUUGUUUUUUUUGUUUAUCAAGUCCACAUGCUUUGGGACUCUAAAUACAAGGGCAGCGAUAAAAAAAAUCCCAGUCUUUGUAAGUAAGUUCGGGGAAAUUGUUUUUAAUUUCCUUUAGUUUUUUUUGUUUUUGUUGCUUUUUUUUUCCUUUUAUCACUUUUUUAAGAAAAACUUCAUUUCUAAUCAUUUGUUUUCAGAAUGUGGGAGGGCUGAAGGAACAAUUUUGCAACUCAUAAAAUAUAUAUCACUAUGAAAACUGGUGCUUUCGUUAAGAAUAAAGUACAUUCAAUCUCUAUUAUACAUAAAUAAUAAUAAACAAAAUUAAGUGUUAUCAUAAAAGCAAAUUUUAGGAAAACAUGCAUUAUUCUAUUUCUCUUUUUGUAUUUACCGAGGGGGGAGGGGUUCAUUGUAUGAAAAGGUUGUCGUGACAAAAGGCAUUUUUCCCCCCCAACCUUUACACCAUAGCAGAGGAACAGUCGUAUGGAAAAAAAAAAAACAUCUUGUAAAAUGCUUUUUCCAGACUGUAUCAUCUUGUAUCCAACAAGACAAGAUCUUCCCCAAUUUGGGAGAUGCACAAGUACGGAUUCCCAUUUCAAAGAAAGACCAUGAAUGAUGUUUUUUUCAAUUUGGUGUAAACGUCUACUUGGUUCAGCGAGAGGGAAUUAGCGGCCUCUGUCUGCUCAGCUGGUCUGCUGUCAUCAAUUUGAGUGAACCCCACCCCCCUACUCCUCCCCCCGAAUCCCCAUCUCCCACUGUAAAUGAUUAUAAAUAUUUGUUUGGUGAUGUAGUGUUAUAGACUCAGAGCAUCUUAAAGGUUGUCCCUAAAAAGUGCCUUUUGUUCACAGAUUCCAUCUUGUAAUCCUGAGUGCCCAUCUCAAAAGAAAAAAAAAGUCCCCUCCUUCAUACUUCUAUAUCUUUCUCUUCCUCUUCUUCGAGCUUUUUAAAGCAGUAUACAUAGUACUAAAGGAAAUUGGUGUGAUUUAGUUCCUCUUUUUAUUGUUGAAUAAUUAAGAAAAGCAUAAAAAAAGCCCAAAAAAAAGAAGAUAUUUUCUGUCUUGCUUCUCUUCCUCUGUAUCUUGUCUUCUGUCUAUCUUGGACACUGGAGUAGUCUGUAGCCGCGUAACCCUCUCCCUUCCUCCUCCCCUCCUCCCCUCCUUCCUUUUCUCCCUUUCUCUGAAUGGCGGGGUUUCAAAAAAAAAAAAAAAAAAAAAAAGAAUACGCAAAGAUUUUUUUGUCUGAGCAGAAUGCAGUUAGCUCACAUGUUAUUCUUGUCUGUACGCUUCACAUUGUAUUACCAUACCCAUCUUCUUCAGCUUCUCCAUUCAACAGCUAAUGUAAGUGAACAAGUUACACCACGGGGCUCUGGGCUGUGCCGAGGACAGGGGGCCGGGGGGGUCAGUCCCCUGGGAGAAGUCAAAUCAAUCCCGAUGGAGGGAGAAGAGCACUCGCAGGGACUUUUGGUUUUGGGCUGAGUCGUGGGAGAUGACCAGUAGGACUGCUAGUGUAGGCAGGUGUGUUUGUAAUCCUUGUUUCUAUCUAUUUAUUUUUUUAUAAUUGAAUUUGGAUUUGCUUUUUGAUUCACUUUUUUUUUUUUUUUCAUUGUUACUGCGUAUCUUAGGCAGCGGGAAGAUGCUGCAUUGAGACCUUCAAUUAUGCACCUUGGUCAGUGUACUUCAUCGGCCAACAGAUCUUUGUUUUGAAAUGUGAGAAACGAGCUGUUUCCCAACUACCAUUUAUAAAUAGGGGAUCAAAAAACGAGCCGUUUUCCUUUUUUAAUUAUUUUUUUAAAUAAAAACGGAAAACAAUAAAAUUUACUGUCUUCCGGGUUUUUUUUUUUAUAAAAACAGAAAACGAGAAAACAACCAGCAAAAACAGCUUGUUUCCAGGUUUUGAUUUUCUCAUUUCAAAAUGAAAAUCCGUUCCUCAAAGGACACUGACCCACCUUUCUAGUGGUUGAAUGAGACCAGCUAUUUAAAAAAAAAAAAAAAAAAAAAAAAACGGGAAAAAGAUUUAACUGAAAAAUGACUCGAAGCACCUUAUAAGCGGACUGGUUCCACAGCACGGUGGCUGGAAGGCUCAGAUUUAGCACAAUCAUAAGAGAUGUUACACAUUGCUUCACAAUAUUGAUCCACCGCCAUUCUAAAUCGCAGUGUUCGAUAAGACACGUUGACCAAAGUGAUAUGGUUCCAAAAGCUGUACAAAACUAGAAGACUUUGGUGACUGAUAGAGAAAGCACCUUGAAAUUCCACCAGCAAAAUCUACUGAUUACAGAGUUUUGUCCUGCAAAAACAAUUAUGUAUAUGCAACUUCCUAUUUUUCUUCAUCAACAAAUGAAGCCAGCAGCAGUAUUAUCAAUCAAGCCUUGACAAGUGAACGCGCCACAGUUGAGAAGCCAUAUCGGAGACGGACAGGUUGCAGGGAGCAGAGUGUGUAUGUGUGUGUGUGCUUUGUUGAGGGAGGGUGUCUACGAUGCCUGCCCCUGCGCCGUUCAAAGAACACAGUCGGACCCUGUGGCCCGAACCGUCCGCCGUUUUUUUCUUCUUCUUUCCUUUGUUUGUUUUUAACACGUUUUGUAGAAUGCUGGGCCACAUUUAGUCAUGUGUAGACUGAGCCCCCUUGGCCAGCUUAACCCCUUGCCUCUGGCCUGUAACACCCUUCCUGUUAAGAGUGCUCCUCCUCCUCUUCCUCCUCCUCCUCCUCCCUCAGAGCAGCAUCCCAUCCUCGGACACAUACCCCCCAGAGCCCAUGGUGAAAUGCAUGUGUUAAUUACAGUUUCUUUUCCAUAAUAAUAAUAAAAAACAGUUUGAAAAGAGCAACCCCUUUACUUGAUUGAAUAAAAGGAUGUUCUUGACUGUA